AAGAACAGAGCAACAGACAGUGAUGUUACUCAACAGAUCUCCCACAGUUUCAAAGAGGUAUCCCCCCAUUCCAUUAGAAGCUCUGGAACAUGAAGUCCAGAAACGCUCAGCUGAUGAUGGCAAACUAUUUCGGGAGGAAUUCAAUUCUCUGCCAAUUGGAACGUUAGGAUGCUGCGAAUCAGCAAAUAGAGAGGAGAACAAGGACAAAAAUCGUUAUCCCAACAUCCUGCCAGAUGACAAUUACAGAGUGACUUUGACGACUGUCGAUGGGAUACCAGGCUCAGAUUACAUUAAUGCUUCAUAUGUUGAUGGGUAUAAAGUGAAGAAUAAGUUCAUUGCAGCUCAAGGUCCCAAAGAAGACACUGUCUCAGAUUUCUGGCGAAUGAUAUGGGAACAGAAAUCUGCUUCUAUUGUUAUGUUAACAAAUGUAAAAGAGAAGAAGGAAGAAAAGUGCUACAAGUACUGGCCUGACCAGGGUUUGUGGACCUAUGGAGCAAUCCGUGUAUCAGUGGAAGAUGUCACCGUUCUUGUGGAUUAUACUAUUCGCAAAUUCACCAUUCAGAAUCAAAGAGUGGGCAACAAAUCUCCAAGACUAAUAACACAGCUUCACUUUACGAGCUGGCCUGAUUUUGGUGUACCAUUUGCACCCAUUGGCAUGCUCAAAUUUCUGAAGAAGGUUAAAAUGGUGAACCCCUCCUAUUCAGGACCUAUUGUGGUUCAUUGCAGUGCUGGUGUAGGCAGAACUGGAACAUUCAUUGUUAUCGAUGCUAUGAUUGAUAUGAUGUAUGCAGAGCAGAAAGUGGAUGUUUUUGGUUUUGUGUCAAGAAUUCGUAGUCAGCGUUCACAGCUAGUUCAAACUGAUAUGCAGUACUCCUUCAUUUAUCAAGCGCUGCUUGAACAUUACUUAUAUGGUGACACGGAGCUAGAUGUGAGCUCUUUGGAGAAGCAUAUACAGAAGCUUCACAGUAAAGCAGGACAGUUUGAUGUCACUGGCUUGGAAGAAGAGUUUAAUAAAUUAACUACUGUCCGAAUAAGGAAGGAGAACAUGAGAACAGGAAAUAAGCCAAUAAACAUGAAAAAAGCCAGAGUCCUUCAGAUCAUUCCUUAUGAUUUCAACAGAGUUGUUCUGCCCAGGAAAAGAGGGCAAGAGUUCUCAGAUUAUAUCAAUGCUUCGUACAUAGAUGGUUACCGGCAGAAAGAUUAUUUUAUUGCUACUCAAGGUCCAAUCCCUCAUACAAUAGAGGAUUUUUGGAGAAUGGUUUGGGAUUGCAAAUCUCACACCAUUGUGAUGCUCACAGAACUUCGAGAAAGGGAGCAGGAAAAGUGUUCACAGUAUUGGCCAUCAGAGGGCACUGUAACAUAUGGAGCGUAUACAAUAGAACUGAAGAAUGACCAUAUUUCUGACGCUUUCAGUAUCAGAGACCUUACUGUCACAAACGCCACAGAAAACAAGGGCAGGAUAGUUCGACAGUUCCACUUUCAUGGCUGGCCUGAGAUUGGCAUUCCAGUGGAAGGGAAAGGAAUGAUAGACCUGAUUGCAGCCGUCCAGAGACAGCAACAACAGUCCGGCAAUCAUCCAAUCAUAGUGCACUGCAGUGCUGGUGCUGGCAGGACAGGAACAUUUAUUGCAUUGAGUAAUAUUCUGGAGCGAGUGAAAGCUGAAGGUCUUCUAGAUGUUUUCCAAACUGUCAAGAGCCUCCGAAUGCAGCGGCCACACAUGGUGCAAACACUGGAGCAGUACGAUUUCUGUUACAAGGUGGUUCAAGAUUUUCUAGACAUACAUUCCGAUUAUGCCAACUUCAAAUAAGUGUUUGCCUUACCUUUUUUUUAUCUUUUCAAUUGUUAGCUGACAGGCCAGUAAAGCAUCUUUUGUACAUUAAAUUAUCAAGAAUUUAUUUUGUAUUUUGCUAUGCACUUGUUGUCUAGAAGAAUAUUCCUAAUAAGUUGAAGGUCUUUUUAUUGUCUUGUGACUGUGCUUUUGAGUAUUUGGGUUACAUUAAUUGGGGAGUCAUGCAUCUGUUACAAGUCAUUCAAUAUUUUUAACUGAAUGACUAAUUGGAGUACAUUUACCAUAUCUCUCUCACUCGUAAAAGAAGGUUAUUUAAAAAGAAAUAUUUUAUAUGUCAUUAUCAGUUGCAUUUUAUUUUGAAUCUUGAAUGUACAGAAGAUUGAAUCAAAUCAACUGAAGAAAAAUCUUUAUUUGCUUUGUGAAAAUGCCAACAAUGUUUGACCCCCUCAAAAGUGUUACAAAAUGUGAAUUUAUACUGUGCAUUGGAGUUUGCAUUGUUUUCAAAAGGUUGGGUGUAAACCAUAUAUAAUAGAUAUAUUUUUAUAUGAAGAGUUUACAGUGUUAAAUGUUAGUUGUGUAUCGUGCAUUUUGACAUUGUUUUGGCUUAACUAAAAUGUUUGUUCUUACAUAUGCUUAAUGACAAUACACUGUUGUCCAGAAGUUACUCUUUAUUUUUUAUCCAUUUAUUUUAAAUUUCUUGUGCUCCUCCACACCCAGAAAUAACCUGGGCCAGCAUUGCAUUAGGAUCACACCACCUUCUCCCUGCAAUAGUGACCUCUACAUCCAUUUGCUGUCAGCAAGGCCAGCCCAACAUUAACUAGCCAUAGCUGAAAAUGUGUUGCUGGAAAAGCGCAGCAGGUCAGGCAGCAUCCAGGGAACAGGAGAAUCGACGUUUCGGGCAUAAGCCCUUCUUCAGGAAAUGGCCAUAGUCUGGCAAAUGUACAACAAGACACCUGUUUAGCUUCCUGAUGUUAAAUCCAUCUGUGGCUGUUACUGAUCAUACUGCCACAUAUAGUAGGGGAAAUACAUAGCUCCAUUUUUAACUGUGGAGUACAGCCCAUGUUUAUUCCCUGGGGCCGGACAUUGGUGCAAAACAUUACCUGCAGAGCUCACAUUGUGUUCCUCAAUGAAGAACACAUAAGGAGCAGCCUCUGAUGCUACCUGCAACAGAAGAAUCGGUGUAAUUCUGCAUAGCUUAUGCAAGUCAAUCAAGUUACUACUAUGUUUUAAAUAAAUAUGAAAUACUUAAUACACACAUAUAUAUAUAUAUAUAUAUAUAUAUAUACACACACGUUUAUUAACGUAAUAUUUCUGUAACAUUGAUACACUGGAAAAGGAGUAAGUGAUGUUCAUUUGAUCCAUUGAUCCAUAUUUUCACCUGUGGAAUGAGAAUUCUUCCAGUUUAAAAAAUAUUGCAAGAAGGUGAUGAAUUUGUGAGCAUCUGAAAGAGAUAGUGAAUCUGUUUCUCAGAAGCUUUACUGCCUGAACAAUUUCAGAAUGUAAUUCAGUUUUGUUGAACAGACACAAUCAUUUUCAGUAUUAAGGAGUCAAGAAAUAAUCUGAUGUAGUUACAGUUGAUGAGAAAAGCCAAUUUAAAGAAUGAUAUGUGCAGUUGCCAAUUAUUUAGUAUCAAGUCAAGUUAUAGCUGACAUGGAUAAGAUUGAUUUCCAUUUGGGUCCUGUACAAAAAUAUUCAAAAUCAAAUGAAGACAAAAUAGAAACAAAGUGAAAAUAAAGCUGGAAUUAAAUUCUUCUUCAUUUUGCACUGCUGCAAAUGUGGAGAAAAUGCUGACUUACAGAAAUAAAUACUGAACAAAACUGAGAGGCUGUUUUCACGAUGCAUAUUGUCACCAAAUUGUAGUUUCCUGUUUCCCCUGGCCAUGAAAUGUAAUACACAGGAGUACAGUCCCAGGAUAAGGGGCUAAUAAUUUAUGACUGAGAUAACGAGAAAUUUCUUCUGAGUUGUGUAUCUUUAGAAUUCUCUACCCAAGAGGGUUGCAGAUAUUCCAUCCAUGAAUAUACUUAAAGCUAAGAGAGUCCAAUCUUUGGUGUCUCAUGAAUCCAGGCAUGUGGCAAUCAGAUGGAAAAGUGGAGUCGAAGUUGUGGUUUCAUUAAAUAUAAGGACAAGCUUGAGUAACACUAUUCUUACUUCUAUCUUUUAUGCUCUUCUGUAAACAUUAUUACAAUGUCCCUUCUAUUUUCCUAAUUUUAUCUUUUUUUCAUCUUUGUGACUAUGUGAUAUCAUUAACCACGACUGACCUUAUUAACAAAUAUAAUUAAUUUAUGUGAUUGAAGAUGUCCAUCCAGGUGUUAUUUAACCUAUAAAGUGUUGGCAACAAGAAGUCCUAAUCUUUCAAGCCUGUAACUCACCAAUGCUCAUAACAUCCUAGUGAAUGCACAACUUCCCUUGUUUUUCUAUCCAUCCUGGGGUUUCCAAAGCUAUUUAUAGUAUUUUGACAGCGGUGUGGUUACAAGUAGGAACUCAACUUUCGCUCUUCUCAGGAGGGGGGGUGUAAUGGGGCAGUGAAAGUAAAGGGGCUCCAGUUUCCUCUACAUUCAUGCUGAUUUCUGAUUUUAACACCACUGGUUUUGAUGGCAAAUGCUGUUCCUCCUGGAUAUAGGAAGGAACCUGCUGCAUAAUUCCAAGCAGGAGACCAAUGUUGUCAGGAUACCCCAUGGCUUUUCAUGGCACACUGAUCUACCCUAGCGCCAACAUGCGGUUUGCCUUUCAACGAACUGUGAUGAUCCAAUUUUCUAAAAACACCCCCACAAUAACAUGAGGCACUCGGCCAAACAACCCACUCCAUCACAAUGUACUUGUACCGGAGGAGCUCCCUGCCCUGCCAUCAGUGUCAUCCAGGCCUAGAGAAUUUCACCUGCCUUAUGCCAAUCUCGCUACUGCUUUCCACUCUCCUCAGAGGAGACAACUGACACUAGGGAGUUAAAAUACUCUCAAUGUACCCAAUAUUUACAGUCGUCAAUCUAGACUCUCAAAAUCCUCCUGAUGUAUAUUUCUUUACUCCUGUAUUCUGUGCCUAUAAAUGUAAAACUAAGGAUUACACUUGUCUUUUUUUUAUGGCUUGACUUAACUGCCCCAAUAUCAUUAAUGACUUGUAUAUCUGCAACACGAGAUCUUUCUACUUCUAUACAUCAUUUAAAACCUUUACUGUUUGUGGUCUAUUUCCUCCUCUUAUCCUUCCUUGUAAAACAUAUUACUGUGCGUUGUUUCUGUAUUGAAUUCCAUCUGCCACCUACCUGUCAGUUCUGCUAACACUUGUUCCCUAGUUACCUCCACAAGGUUCAUCAUAAUUUGCUAUACAUAUUAUACAAAUUUCAAUAUUGCUCCUUCAAUUUGCCAAUAUUAUUUGUGUAUUCUAAAGACUCCAUUAUGAAGUCCUGCACAACAUUACUUAGCACAGAUCAAAGGCUAAGAAUCCUGCAGCAAGUAAUGCAUUUCCUGACUCCACAAAGCCUGUCCACUGUCUACAAGACACAAGUCAAG